AUGCAUUUUAGAGCUGAAAAUAUUUCUUUGCAUAUACAGGCACGCGAUCCUUGGUUUUCUCUUGGAAAUCAAGGUAAAGAAUUUGAAAGAGGGUAUACACAACAUAUCAAAAUACCUUCUUCAAUGUCUAGUAAUCAAGAAACUGCACACAAUAAAUCUCCUUGUGGUUAUAAAAGCAUAAUGGGAAAUCAACAAUUUCAAUAUGGAAGCUCAUCAUUGAUGAUGCCUUUGAGUAUGAUGACACCUCAAGAAAAGAUUGAAAAACUAAGGAGGUGUCAACAAAUGAGGGCAUUUUUUGCUAUAUGUAAACAACAACAAGAGUUUAGACAAAAUUCAAGUUUCACAAGUUGUUCAAAUGAAAGCCAAAUUGAUGAAAGUUUGAACACUCUUAUGAUGAACACAAGUUCAUUGGAAGAUGCCAUUUCACAUCAACUAGAAAAUGUUGUUUCAACGUUAGGCAUUCAAAUAAGGCUUUGUAUAAGAGAUAGUUUGUUUCGAUUGGCUCAAAAUGCAUUGGAGAGGAAAUAUGCAAUUAGUUCCAAUGAACAAGUACCCAAUGUUGUCACUCAAGAAAGAUUAGGUGAAACAAAGAGCUCAACAAGAAAGCCUAAAGGAGAGACAAAGACAAGUCCAAUCGACCGCAUUGUGGCUCAUUUACUUUUUCAUAGGCUACUAAAGUUAUCUGGAGAACAUCUGCAAUCACAAGGGUAA